AUGUCGUUGUCUAUUCCUGCACCCUCACAGGGGAAUCUUUUCAAACCCGGAUAUCAAAGCCUUGAUUCCGAAGAUGGUGCCGUCCUCCGUAACAUCGAAGCGUGCCGCGCAAUCUCGCAAACCGUUCAAACCUCCCUAGGUCCGUAUGGCCGCAACAAGAUCGUCAUCAACCAUCUUCAAAAGAUGAUUCUUACAUCUGACGCGGCGACUAUUCUACGUGAACUGGAUGUGGUGCAUCCCGCAGCCAAGUUGCUGGUUAUGGCUUCCCAGCAGCAGGAUGCUGAGAUGGGUGAUGCAACUAACUUAGUUAUUAUCCUGGCGGGCGAGCUGCUGAAGAAGGCCGAGGAGUUGUUGAGGAUCGGGUUGAAAACGAGUGAUAUUGUUCAGGGGUAUGAGAAGGCUCAGAAUUUCGCGAUGAAGGUUUUGGAAGAUCUCGAGGUGGACCGUUUGAAGGAACUUCGUUCUCAGACGGAACUUAGCAAGGCUAUUCGGACAGUCGUUGCUAGUAAACAGGCUGGGACUGAAGAUCUUUUGGCUUCGUUGGUCUCAGAGGCCGUUCUUGCGGUUUUGCCUAAAAACCCUGCCAACUUUAAUGUCGAUAAUGUCCGUGUCGUUAAAAUCAUGGGUGGUAGCCUGGAGCAGUCCCGGGUGGUGAAGGGAAUGGUUUUCGGCAGGGAGCCAGAGGGAACCAUUAAGAAGGCGCGGAAAGCCAAGGUCGGAGUGUUCAGCUGCCCGAUCGAUAUCUCCCAGACUGAGACCAAGGGAACUGUGCUUCUGAAGAAUGCGCAGGAGAUGCUCGACUUCACCAAGGGUGAGGAGGAACGUCUUGAGGCUGCUGUCAAGGAGCUGUAUGACUCUGGGCUUCGAGUUGUCGUUGCUGGCUCUACUGUCGGCGAGUUGGCCCAGCACUAUCUCAAUCGCUUUAACAUCCUUGUCAUCAAGAUCCUCUCCAAGUUUGAGCUCCGUCGGCUCUGCCGGGUCGUGGGCGCCACUCCUCUUGCACGCCUGGGAGCCCCAAUGCCUGAUGAGAUGGGCAGUAUUGACGUGGUUGAGACCACUGAAAUCGGCGGUGACCGCGUUACCGUUUUCCGUCAGGAGGACAGUAACACCAUCACGCGGACUGCCACUAUUGUCCUGCGGGGUGCAACCCAGAACCAUCUAGACGAUGUCGAACGCGCCAUUGACGAUGGUGUCAAUGUCGUCAAGGCCAUCACCAAGGACCCCCGUCUUGUUCCUGGUGCAGGCGCUACUGAGAUUCAGCUUAUCGAGCGUAUUACGGCUUUUGCGGACAAGACCCCCGGAUUGCCUCAACAUGCCAUCCGCAAGUACGCAGAGGCCUUCGAGGUGAUCCCACGGACGCUGGCCGAGUCAGCGGGGUUGGAUGCUACCGAGGUUCUUUCGCGCCUUUACACAGCACAUCACCGCGCCAAGGAGAGCUCCGGUUCCUCUUCGAGUGAAUCUGGCGAAGAGGAUGGCGGCUCGGCGUCAGAAGAAGAGGAAAUUUACUGGACCACAGGCGUAGACCUGGAAGGAGAAUCACCAUCUGGCACGCUCGAUGCCGCAGACGAGGGUAUUUUAGAUCUGAUGGCGUCCAAGAACUCGGCUAUCCGACUCGCCAGUGAAGCUGCACGAACCGUCCUGAGUGUCGACCAGAUCAUCGUUGCACGACAGGCGGGUGGACCGAAGCCACCGGGUCCUAACCCCAACUGGGAUGAAGAUUAA